GCAAGCGCCAUCACUUUUAAUUUGUGGCUCCGCUCCCCAACACUCCCAAAAGAAGAACUCAUUUCCUGGUGGGAGAAAAAUAAAAACUCUAUAGAGAGAGAAACCAAACCGAAAUCAUUCAACAAAAAGAAAGAAAGAAGGGGGAGAGAGGGAUAGUUCGCCCCUCUCAUAUCCAAAUCGGCCAAACUUUCGCUAAUGUCGGGCCGAAACGAUACGAGACGCAUUCGAUCACUGACUUAGGGUUUGGGUUGGGAUCUGUAAAUGGGGAGCGCGACAUCGGAGGAUCCCUCUGAUCCAGCCUGCGAUGUGAGCGAGUCGGAGACGUCGUCGGAGUUCUCUGGGAGGAGGUUCUUCGGCGGCGCCGGCGGCGGGGCCUCGGCGAUGAUGGUGGCGGAUGCUGAGGUGAUGUUUUGGGACGGGAAGCUUGAGAGGAGGGAGACCGAUUUUACCGAGGUUGAGAUGAUGAAGGAACGAUUUGCGAAACUUCUUCUUGGUGAAGAUAUGUCUGGUGGAGGAAAGGGAGUCUGCUCUGCACUUGCUAUAUCCAAUGCCAUUACCAAUCUCUCUGCUACUGUAUUUGGAGAGCUUUGGAGGUUGGAACCCCUAGCUCCACAAAAGAAGUCAAUGUGGCUCCGUGAAAUGGACUGGUUGCUUUGUGUUAGUGAUUCGAUAGUGGAACUUGUCCCAUCAGUCCAAGAAUUUCCUGGCGGAGGGACAUUUGAAGUGAUGGUUUCACAUCCUCGCUCCGAUCUCCACAUGAAUUUACCUGCACUCAAGAAGCUUGAUGCAAUGCUUCUGGGGAUGCUUGAUGGCUUCCGAGAUACUGAGUUUUGGUAUGUUGAUCGAGGGAUUGUGGUUGCUGAUACCGAUGAUGAUGGAAAUGGAGCUUACCCAUCUUCUUCGUUUGGGAGGUCGUCACUGAGGCAGGAUGAAAAGUGGUGGCUUCCAUGUCCAUGUGUCCCGCCAAAUGGAUUGUCGGAGGAAGCAAGGAAGAAGCUACAACAAUGUCGAGACUGUGCAAAUCAGAUACUCAAGGCAGCUAUGGCGAUAAAUAGUGGGGUGCUUGCUGAGAUGGAAAUCCCUGACGCAUAUUUGGUGAACUUGCCUAAGAGUGGAAAAUCUUGUCUAGGUGAGAUAAUCUAUCGCUACUUAACAGCUGAUCAAUUUUCUCCAGAGUGUCUCAUUGACUGCUUAGACCUCUCAUCGGAGCACCGUACUCUAGAAAUAGCAAACAGGAUUGAAGCGGCCAUACAUGUGUGGAGACUGAAAGACCUAAAAAGGCAUCCUCUUCACACCAAGCAUAAGAAAUCGUGGGGAGGAAAGGUUAAAGAACUCGUUAGCCACCCAGAUAGAACCCAGCUUCUGUCACAAAGGGCAGAAAGCCUUUUGCAGAGCCUAAGACAUCGGUUCCCCGGUCUUCCACAAACUGUUCUUGAUAUGACCAAGAUUCAGUACAACAAGGAUGUAGGGCACUCCAUUCUCGAGAGCUAUUCGAGAGUUAUGGAAAGUUUGGCUUUCAAUGUAAUGGCAAGGCUUGAUGACUUAAUUUAUGCGGAUGAUGCAACAAAGAGGAUUGUAUCUACUGAAGAAGGCUCUUUAUUCAACCGUGGAGGAUUUGGAGAAUUUCCAAUUCAGAAGAGGAUCUCACCGAGCCCGUUCUCCAUUCAAAACACCCCAUAUGCUUCUCCAUUUGCCACACCUACGCUUUUUUCUUCAACUCCUGUUACUCAAAGCCCUAGUAGAUUGCAGCCUCAAUCAAGCAAAGACGAUGCUUGCGUGCAGCAAAAUACGAAGUUGGCUAAACCGGUCUCUGGUGGUGCUGAAAAAAAGGUUUGGUCAUAUACAGGAACACUAAGUGCUAGCAAGGAUGCAGGGGAUGCUCCUGAAAGGGAUUGAUGUGUGAGGGUUAAUUGCGGAUAGACCCCUUGUACUAUCAGCCAGUUGUGGAUACAGGACCUGUAGUCUUAACUUAUCUGAUUUUUCGACCCUCGGAGAAAGAAAAUUCUUUAUUGACAAAUAGACUGCUUGAGGGUGAAAGAAUAUUAAAAAAAAGCACAUAGGAAUCUAUAUGCACCAGAAGUGCGGGGGCUCUAUCCGCUAUUUGGAGAUAGGAAAGGGAUCUGUCUGCAAUUAACCCUUGAUGUAAAUUGAGGGAUUGAGAAUGCACAUGAAGCGCUGAACUACGCGCUAUUCUGCGUAGAGAGCUGGUGUUCAUUUCAUUGGAUGGGUUGGAUCUUGUACAGCUUAACAAGUUAGGAAUAACUUAUUCAAGCUUUGCACUUGUUCUUCUUCAAUUCGGUCAAGGAUUUGUUUCACAUGUUAUUAUAAAUUAACUUUGUUAGGAGGUUACUGACGCAGUUAGGAUUAGGAGAUGGUUCGUACAUUGUAAAGGAAAAAAAUUAUAUGUUUUGGUUGACCUGUUUCUCACAUCUAAGGUUUCCAGGUGAUUAGCUAAUGGUUGGUUUGAAGCAGCUUAA